AUGCAACUCUCCACCAUCCUGGCAACCACCGUCCUCCUCUUCUCCUCGGCCGCCAUGGCCCAGAGCUGGGGCAAUAACUGUCUCCCCGAGUGCUAUGUGUACAGCCGCGACGCCGAGGCUGCUUGUCCUAAGGACCAUGCGGCGAUUGGUCGGCAGGGACCGGGAUGCUUCCAGUGCUGUGAAUCGGUUUGA